AUGGAUUACACGGAAUAUUCGGCAAAUGACGAUAUCUUGGCUCUAGGAUUCUCUUUCGAGAAGAUGCAGAUUCAAAAUCAUGUAUUGGACCCUGAGAGGGGUACGUCGCCUAGUACGCCAAUGGGGCUGUAUCAUGACGAUGAUGGCGAUGAAGGGUUGCGUUUGGCAUUUGAUUGCGACGAAACCCUUCCUGAUCGUUUCAACGAUGAGAUGAAACACUCUGAUCGAGAAGUCCCCACGGCGGAUCUUCUUGGGCUUGGGACGGAAAUGCCCACGAUCGGACUCAUCGACACGACGUCUCCGUAUUUCGACCCGUGGCCUCGUGCUUCUGAGACUGUCAAAUCGCAUAUCGCUUCCGAAGCGAAGGCACAAGUCCCUUGCUCUUCUGUGUCGCUUUUGCGCGAGCAAGUGUGGACUUCCACUAUGUCGGAGGAUGCUAUUGAAGUUCACCUUGCAGGGACAGGCAAAGACGCAGUCUUUCAUUCAAACUGGAAGGACCCAGAAAGUCCAGCAUGCCAAAGGGAUCAGCGGGUACCUGUGAAGAAGCAGGAAGGAUAUCCUGAUGAAGAAAUGGCUGCUAUGAAAGCUUCCACCAACCCGUAUCACACGCAAGAGUCCAAGUUUGAUGCAGCACGCUACGGAGUCAUCCAAGAUACCGAUUUAUGGGGCAGCAGCCUUCGCAACAUGACAGGAAGAAACGCUUUAGUCACACGAACACAGACCACAACUGCGGAGAAAUCAUGCAGAUCGUCUUACUUGUCCGAUUCCUCUCAUGAGGACGAUGAAGAUAACGAUGAUCCUGUUGCUGCUGCGCCUUCUCCCUUUCCAAUUUCGGGGGCCGGGCCUCUGCCAGAGAGUCGUUUGUCUUCGGAAAGACCUACUGCUCCUGCGCCUGCGCCUUCUCCCUUUCCACUACCGGUAGAUUUUACAAAGAACUCGCCAGGCUGGAGAGCAGGCCAACCAGCAUCAACACGGCAUCAGCCCACCCGACCCUAUGCAAGCAAGGGACAGGAUGGAACACCAAGAUCUUUCGCACCUGCACCAGCACUUGAUCCACUGGAUGGGACAGUGAAUUUGUCGACCAAGAGAGUCGACAGCGCUGCAGUGCAACAGCCAGCUUCAGCAAAAAAUAAGACUUCCACCACAGAAGCAAGCAGUGGAAAGUAUGGAUCAGUGCAAUCACUAAUAUCUUCUACGACAGCAUCUGCACCUUCCCCCUUUCCGCUGCAUAGGACAAUGACCAUGCCAAGCAAAGAAAGAGUUGAGAGUACAACAGCGAAGCAACCAUCUUCAGUUGCACAGAAGUCCACCAAUACAUUUGCAAACGCGGUCCUCAAUGGCCCAAGUCGACCACCUGUACCUCCUGCACCUUGCCCAAGUCAACCACCAGUACAUUCCACACCGGUUCCUUCUCUGGAGGGGACAAAGACUCUGCCAUGCAAGAAGACGGUUGGCAGUGCCAUCAGAGAUAAGCCCUGCUCAGUGCAACAAGUGCAAGUGAAGCCAUCCUCGUAUGCCAGUGCAGUCAAGGGUGGGCUGGGAAGGCCUGAGCAAGCCAUGAGAUCAGCUGCCCACGUAGCUUCCCCGCACCACCUGAACAGAGCAGCCUCCUCUGAUUUGGCAGAUCAUAACAACAAACGUGCACGACUUGAGUUGAGCAGAGAGGAUGCGCAGGAGAAGCAUACUGCCGCAACACGCUGGGACAGCGGGCAUAGCAAAGUUGACAGGGAACCGCGACUACAUCGGGAUAAACAAGAGAGCCUGUACCCAAAACAUUUCCAGGGCGAGCCAAACCAAAGCCUGCAAGAGAAAGCGCCCACCCGUGGAUCGUUACCAAAGCGCACUGCUCGAAAGGAUGGACAUAGCAAGGAAAGAAAGCAAUACAAAAAUGGGCAUCCGACCCGCAACCGAGUUAUCCAAUCUGAAACAAUGCCCGCUAGAGAGAUUCUUGUGAAUGAAGUGUGUCUUGUUGUUGAUACGUCGAAUGAGACCAUGAAAAAGCUCCUUGCGCCACUGAGACCAAAUGUUGGGACGUUUUGUGACCUUGUGUCGUCAGCGUCUGGUCGAAAGCUCCGUCUCAGUAUCUUGACACCUGAGAAGGAAUUAGACUUCACGUCCGAUAAAGCCGCGGUCCUAUCAUUUUCCCAUGAUGCACUUCGAGAAAGCGAUAUGAACGGUGCACGAGAAAGUGAUACCUACUCUGUUCUCGCCGGUCUUCAACAAUCCUUGACACGCUUGAAGAAACUGAGCUGGAGUGGUGACUCUUGCCAAUACGUCUACAUUUUCACAAAUCUGGUUGCAGCCGACAUCGACGACAUUGUGUCGAAACAAAAGUUGUUGGGUGUUCUGCGUGAUUUGACUGCGCACCUGCCCAGACGCGCGAAGGUCCUUGUGGGUCGUUGGAAGAAUGACAAUGAUCUUCUGUUCGAAGCUAUUCGGACAAUGCCUCACCAUGGUUUUGAUUUCCUCAAUGUAAAAUCGAUGGCAUCUCAUGUUGUUCCCGACCAUGCCCUUCUUCAUGCUUGCUUUUCCAGCAUGACCGAACUGAAGGCGCAGUCUCGUCGUGUCACGAUAGGUGAAAAGCACUUGGGACGCUUUGUACAUCGCAGACUGAAGAUGGACAAGGAAGGCGACAUCGUUGCGAAAGUGACAAUGUAUCAAGCGAAGCCGGUUGAAACAAUUCAGCACAUAACAUCAAAUGCCGAACCAGAUUUUGUCUGCAAGGAGAUCUGGAUGAAGCGCGGCAUGGCAGAGAACCGCUUGACAAAGCAUAGAGUCUUGACUUUUGGAAAGCUUGGUGUUGAAAAAGGGAAAUGGAAAGAAGAUGUUAUGCUGAAGUCGUUCAAGCUCGACGUGAUCGCUGGAAAGACAGUCCCCAGCAACCAAGACUACUACAAAAGCUUGGCAUUUGUCUCAGCAGCAGCCCGGUUCCUUUCAUGCCAGUACAACAGCUCGCACAGACCAGAACACUGUGACGAAAUCCGGUUCUUGAAUUGUUACGUCAUCGAGGCGAGUGGGCGACAUUGGUUCGCUGAGCACUUCGUUGCAUCCGAACGAAAAGACUCUUCAGAGUUCGUGGAAUACAUGAACGCAGCUGGAAACUGGAAUGAGGAUGUUGCGGACGAAAGCUUGCUACGUUUUGCCCUCACUUGCUUCAAACUCUCCGGAGGCGACUUCAUGUUGACAGGACUGAAGGGGGUUCGGCGCGGGGGAUUCUUCGUUCUGACUCUUCCUACGCUCUUGUCGCGGAACUGCGUUGAUCCGAACAUCAGCCAAUGCAACAAAGAAUACAUGAAAGUAUGCAGGAAAGAAACCAAGGAACUGUUGCAAGAGCUUGACGCCCCACGUUCACCAAAACGCAAUAAUGGAAUGUUCGGGUGGUUCGGCUAG